UGCGAAGAGAGCCUAGAAAGUUCCACACCGGAGGAGGAGGAGAGUCCAAAGCUCCAAGCCUCCAACCACCCUCCACCGUCAACGAUUUCCUUCCGCCGCCGCCUCGCAAAACACGCCACGCCUAUCUCACCCUCUCUCUCCUCCCCCCGACCUCCGUCCGCCGCCGCCGCCAACUCCCACCCGGGCCUCCGCUCCUUUGGCCGGAGCGGCCGAGAGAGGCGUUCGAGUAGACGGGAACCCGCGGGGGAAGAGGAGGCGGCGACCGCGCGGGGAGAGAGAGGGAGGGGGGUGCCUCCGUGUCCAGCCAACCCGGAGGGGAGGGGAGGGGAGGGGAGGGGAGGAGAGGAGCGAUGCAGGGCGGCGUCUCCGGAUUCCAGAACGCGCCGGUGACGCGGGCCGUCGUCCUCGCCAGCGGCCUCCUCUCCGUCGUCUUCAGCGCCCAGCGCCGCGCACGCGCCCUCGGUCUCUCCUACCAGGGGAUUGUCAAAAACUUCCGUCUGUGGAGGAUAUUUACUUCUGGGUUUGCCUUUCAGUCAACACCGGAGCUACUGUUUGGAAUGUACCUUCUCUAUUAUUUCCGUGUUUUCGAGAGGCAGAUAGGCUCUAACAAAUACUCGGUCUUUAGUUUAUUUACUAUCGCAGUGUCAUUGCUUCUUGAGAUCCUAUCGUUGGUUCUCCUAAAAGAUACAAACUACCUCAGCACUCUUGCAUCUGGACCUUAUGGCCUUAUAUUUGCCUCAUUCAUUCCAUUCUUUCUUGACAUUCCGGUCACAUCACGGUUUCGUAUUUUUGGUGUUAACUUCACUGAUAAAUCAUUCAUAUACCUAGCUGGUCUGCAGCUGCUUUUAUCUUCUGGGAAGCGUUCCCUUAUUCCUGGCAUUUGUGGUCUGAUCGCUGGUUCUCUCUAUCGUCUCAAUGUGCUUGGCAUCCGCAGGAUAAAGAUGCCACAGAUUAUUGCAUCAUUUUUUGCAAGGUUUUUUGCACCUUCUUCGGGAGGUUCAUCUCGGUCCUCCAGGAGUCUGGUUGGAAACUUGACUUCUCAUACAGGGCGUGCUAUACAGAACAAUCCACUUUCUGGAUUCGCUCCCGUCGGGGAGCCCCCUGAAUCUUCAAUCGCUAUGCUGGUUUCGAUGGGCUUUGAUGGAAAUGCUGCAAGACAGGCGCUAAUGCGAGCUAGAAAUGACAUCAAUGCGGCGACGAACAUCCUCCUUGAAGCACAGACUCGUUGAUCCAACUUAAUGCGACUUCCCUGAAAAACAUCGCGGGAAAAAUUGGUGAUAUUUAUAAGAUGAGGAGGCAACAUGCUGCCAUCCCCGUGCAUUGGGCAGCAGACUGGCGGUGAAUGGCGCUCUGUUAAUUUAAUCACUUGCCGCUGCUAUCAUCAUUUGAUGAGAAGUUCAACUCGGCUCUUACUAGCUGUCAGCUUAGCAAACAUUUUCUGUAGUUAACGGGUUAUCAUGUCAAUAUUUAAAUAUCUCACCUUACAAUGUAUAAUUCCAAUUUCGGUUUGUAGGAAAGAUACGGAGUAGAUGAUAUAUAAACAUUGGAAUCAUAGUGUAAAAUUCUUCAGAAAUCUGUGCCUUGGAUUAGUUCUAGUACCAAUUCAUCAACGCACAAAUCAGUUUCAG